AUGGAGUUGAUGUAUUCUGCAAUUCUUUUAGGCGUAUUGUUUACACCGACAUUUGCAACAACUGCCUGUGAUGCCACUCUCCACGGUGUAUGCGUCAACCUUUACGCCCAAACAAUCUUCUGCCCCAUAGGAGAUUCCUUUACCAUUAGCUUCUGUGGAUUUAUGCAAGGGUGUUGCUAUCCAACGUACAUAACAUCUAGUACGCACGGCAGUUCAGGAACACAGAGUUCAUCAUCAGGCUCCCAAAUUACUUCCGGUACACCAAGCUCGUUAACCGGAGGUAGUUCACCAGAUAAAUGUGGAACCAGUGCCGUUUCUCACACCAAGAUAGUUGGAGGUACAGUGGCGACCCCUGGAGAAUAUCCGUGGCAAGUUUCACUUCGUUAUGCCGGUCAACACAUGUGUGGAGGUACACUCAUCAGCAACCAAUGGGUACUUACUGCCACUCACUGCUUCGAAGAUACCGGAACUUCACAUUGGACUGUUGCCACUGGAGUCCAUGAUCGUAGCCACAUCUACACCAGUCAAAUACACAGAGCCGUGAAUGUGAUCUCCCAUACCGGGUACUAUAAAGUAACCCAUCAUAACGACAUCACAUUAGUAAAGCUGGAGAAACCUAUUGACACUACCAGUACAAAUGUGAGGACAGCCUGUCUACCGAAAGCUGAUCAAGUCUUCGAUAACGCGAUUUGUACUGCAACAGGAUGGGGGACUACGUAUCUAGGUGGUCAGACAACUCGAUAUCUUGAAGAAAUUGAUCUACCCGUCAUUGCGCACGCGCAAUGUCGAUAUAUCAUGGGAAGUGCUGUGACCAGCUCUAACAUAUGUGCAGGCUAUUCCCGGGGACAUGGAGUGUGCAAGGGAGAUUCUGGUGGACCACUCGUUUGCAAGGAAAACGACCACUGGACCCUGGCCGGUAUCACCUCCUGGGGCUAUGGAUGCGCCGAGGCGCACACUCCUGGAGUGUACACCAGAGUUUCCUCGUUCCUGGAUUGGAUACAUUCCACCAUGAGUCUGCAUUAA